GCGGAGUAGCGGGUAACUUAGGCGAAUUUUUAGUGAACAUAAAUGAUAAAACUUUCGUUACUUUCGUAAAUAAACAGAAACAAUAAACAUGGCAGGACUGUUAUUAAGUUCUACAGAAAAAGUUUUUAUUGUUCACGGUGUACAAGAGGACUUUCGUUCCGAUGGCCGAUCAAACAUUGACUAUAGGCCCAUGGAACUAGAAACAGAUGUAGUGAGCCACGCAAGUGGCUCAGCGCGGCUUCGUCUAGCAAACACAGACAUUUUAGUUGGCAUUAAAACAGAAAUAGAUACACCAAAGCCAGACAAACCAGAUAUGGGAAAAAUUGAGUUUUUUGUUGAUUGCUCAGCAAAUGCCACACCGGAAUUCGAAGGGCGUGGUGGAGAAAAUUUAGCUAGCAGCAUUUCAAACACAAUGCAAAGAGCAUAUCACUCAUCACAAGCCUUUGAUUUGAAGCAACUAUGCAUUGUAGAAGGCAAACAGUGCUGGAAACUUUAUGUUGAUAUAUUGAUCUUGGAAUGUGGGGGUAAUUUGUUUGAUGCAGUUUCAUUAGCAACCAAAGCAGCUCUGUUUAACACAAGGAUACCAUUAGUAAAAGCCUUGUUGAUGGAUGGAGGAAAUGUUGAUUUACAACUCUCAGAUGAUCCUUAUGAUUUCAAAUUUCUAGAUGUUGGUUCUGCACCUUUGUUGGUAACGCUAUGUAAAAUAGGAGAAAAAUGCGUGGUAGAUCCCUCAGCUGAAGAAGAAAGCUGCAGUGUAAUAUCAUUGAUAGUUGGAAUUACGGGAAACAGCAAAUCUUACUGUGCAGAUAAAGGAGCUUCUAACAUAACUGAUGUUGACAUUAAAUGUAGUACAAUCAGUAUGAACGGACCAGGCAGUUUAGCACCAAAGACAUUAAAGAAUGCAAUUCACCAGGGCAUGUAAGUAACAUAAUUUUUUUUUCUAUUUUUUUUUAGUUUAUAGUUUUUAAUUUUAGUCUGCCGAUUGCCUCGGAUUUUACUUUCCGAUGAUUGCAACCCUGGUUACGAUAAUCAAUUGAAUCAUAUUAAGCGAAUUUUUUAAGUGUGUAAAUUCUGAAAAUCAAACAAUAUAUCAAUAUCAAUAACAAAUAGUAUAUAAAUGACAUAAGUCUUCUUAUAACGGACUUACAAAGCUUCGAUAGGUCAUUAUGAAUUA